CAAAAUUACAACAACUUCAUGUUCACCUAACUCUUGCAGAUCGGAUAUGUCUUUUCAUCUUUCUCCUGGUUGAGUAGAAUAUGGCAGAUUUUCACAUAACAAUACGAAGGAAGGGAUAAUAGAUCCGCAAAUAUGCCACCUCAACGCGGCGAUCUCUCAGUCCUCCUGCUCGUCAUCAUAGUCCUCUGGUGGUUCAAUUCCAAUGACACCAGUCUCCCCUCGGAUUUCGGGAAUCCGCGGAAGUACGUAGAAGAACAAUUGGCGCAUAACAGGCAUGUGUUUGGGGUGUUAAAUACGACGAGUUAUGGGGAUUUUGCGCCGAGGAACUCGGAGGAUGCGAGAUAUCUAAAUUUGACUGGGUUCAAAGCGAAGGAUGGCUAUAGAUGGGAGAGAUUGGAUGCGUUCAGGAAGAGGAGUGAUGAAUUGAGGAAAUGGGCGAGAGGGGUGCAGAACGAAUCGAAGUUUAAUGGAGAAGGUGAGCGGGGCUUGGAGGGCAGGAUCUAUACAAAUGUGACGGGAGUGGUGAGGGGAGGCUGGGCCAGAUAUAUGGACGGUUUGGUGGAGGGGAAGGAGAGGACGAGCAGGCUUAAUUUGAGUGUUAUUGCGCCGGGCGUACAAUGGGCCUUCAAGGAUCAGGAGUUAUGGGGGAAAAAUGUGACGGGUAUGGAAGGGAAAGUUAUGUUGACGUUGGAUGAGGUUGCUGUGGAGGACAUGAUUGUACAUGGAGCUAAAGAGAAUUUCUCUGAAGGCGAAAGUUCGGCGGAUGCUGGGGAAGAGACACCAAAGGAAGAAGCAAAGGUUGAGAAAAGAGAUAUAUCUGAUGGGAUCGAAAGGGUUGAUCUUGGAAUUGGCGCAACUUCGAAUACGGGUAUACUUGUAAGAGAAGUCAAAGCCUCGUUAACAGUUCAAGAUGAGAGCAGUAGUGGAGAUGGAUAUGAAAUGAGGAUGCAUGGUGUACAUUGGCCAAACGAAGGGGGAGUUCUUUUAACAACUACGAGCGAUAAAUUUGCAGGGGCUUUUGCCCUUCCUCAUUUCACAACGGACGAGGAUCAUUUCAAGAGCAGUGCGGAGGUUAUGAAAAAGAUUUUAGGUGCCAGAUUACAAAAGCUUGAGGAAUCUGCUAAAGAAAAUCCGAGGAGUCUUCUGGAGCAAAAUUCAGGCCAAAUUGAUGGCUUGCCAACACCUCAUUGCGAAUAUAUCUUGUUUGCUCAAGUACAACCUUUGAAAUUUAAUGGUCUCGAAUAUGAAGACAGAUCACCCAAAUCUCAAAAAUUCGUCCAGGAGCUCGAAGAAGAACUCCGAUUCCCAACUGGUGCUCCUACUCCUAAGCCGCCCAAGUUGCAACUAUCGACAAUAAUUUUCUCGCCUGAUUGUGGAUUUAUGCUUGAAUCGAAAGGGCCGCCAAAGUUUGCACCUCUUGAUGGAGAACAUCUAGUUGGCAUGAAGCAGGAGGUUUGGUUAGAGAGUAUUCGUUCUUGGUUAACGAUACUUGCGGUAGUAGCUCUUUGCCAGGCUCUAAUCCUGAAGGAUCAAUGUAAGGAGGCUUCUACACCAUCAACCGUAGGGCGUGUUAGUAUUCACACCGUUGGUAUGAUGCUUCUAGCAGAUGGAUUGUUAUUUUUCACGAUGUCGUUGACGAGCGCUAUAUUAUCCAGUAUCUUCCCAUCUGCAUUAUUAUCAUCAUUUGCAGGCUUGAUGUCAGUAGCACUUGGAGUUCGCUUUAUGGUAAAUAUUUAUGGCGUCCAGGAACCGGAAAGAUUGGAGCGGGAACGGGCACAAACAGCUGUAUCACAAGCCCCACAAGCCAGAAAUUCACCCCCGACUGGACGAUCAGCUCCAGUUAUUACCGCGACUGGUGUAGAUACAUUGCCUACAACUGCCGCAUCUUCAGCUCAAAAUGCAUCCCAGAAUAUAUCCCAAAAUGUUCCCAUUAUUGUCCCUUCGGAUCAAGACGUCGACGCCGAAAUAGCCGAAAACAUCAACGCGACAUUCGUACCGCCUCGUGCAACAGGGGCACAAGCCACCGUCCAAGAAUCCAGAGUAACUUCAGAUAUCACUCCCUAUUACGGCCAAUUCAUUCUUCUCCUCACGUUUAUCCUCCUGCUUUCCAUUGCCUCCGUCACCUGGCCUGUCUCCCUUCGCACAGCCUAUGUUUACCUACUCUCCUUCAUUUACAUGUCUCUCUGGAUUCCACAAAUCAAACGCAACAUCACGCGUAAUUGCCGGAAAGCUCUUCUUUGGCGUUUCGUCAUCGCACAGAGUUUGCUAAGGUUAUCUCCAUUUGCUUACUUUUUUUUGUAUGAAGACAAUUUCAUGUUUAGCGAGACCGACUGGACUGGGAUGAUGAUUUUAGCAGGAUGGGUUUGGUGUCAGCUUGUGCUGUUAUAUAGUCAGGAGGUCCUUGGACCUAGAUGGGCGAUUCCAAAACGCUUCGGAUGGUAUAAAGAGGGAUGGGAUUAUCACCCUGUGUUACGAGAAGACAAUGUCGAGUCAGGAGGUUUACCAAUCGGUCUUGUAAAAGUACCCUUGAAUUCUCCUACAACUUCAGGCUUUGAAGAAACCGAUAUGAGCACGGAGAGUGAGAGGGAUAAUACCAAAUCGGGGAUUCGUACAGUAGAUUGCGCGAUUUGUAUGCAAAUCCUUGAGGUUCCUGUCGUGGGACAUGGCGAAGAUGAGGGUGUAUCGAAGGGAGUCAUGGGGGCGUGGGAUAGGAGGAGUUAUAUGGUCACGCCUUGUAGACAUGUUUUUCAUACACAGUGUUUGGUGGGUUGGAUGAAAUAUCGCUUGCAGUGUCCGAUUUGUAGGGAAGGUUUACCGCCUUUGUGAGGGAUAUAAGUAGGUACCUAGAUAUGAAUAUGUGAAAAGUAAAAGUGCUAGCAACGAUAUAUAUUGGACAAGAAUAUAGCUCAUAUUGUAUAACAAGAUAGCAAGGAACUAUACUAUUGAACAUAUAUUUAUUAUAUCAUAAUAUCAAUCAUCAACUUGA